UGACAGACGCGUGGGAGGCUGACAGCCAUUUGUUACUAGUUAUCUCACCGGCUGUUUCGCAUAGCAUGUGGUGGAGUGUAUCCUAAACACACGCAAAACUUUAAGAGGACUAUACCAUUGGCUUUAUUUCAACGCAACAACUAAAUUUCUUAAUUUUGAAUAUCUGUCAUUAACAUAUUGUCGAGCAAUUUCUUCGUGCAAUAGUGAUUUAUUUAUUAAAAGGAAAUUAAAUAUUUUUUUACAUCAUUCUAACAUGGCUGAUCGCAUAACUCAACUACAAGAUGCCGUGAAUGCCCAAGCCGAAAAUAUAUGCAACAGCAUUGGAAUAUUGCAGCAAACUGCUACACCUAGCAUAUUUCCGGAGUUUGAAAGAGCCGGUCCUAAACCUGCUCCGCCAUCUGAAGAUUUAUGUCAGAAUUUUGCUACUUUGAUAACCAGAACGGCCAAAGAAAUUGAUAUUUUAAUUGAUAGCUUGCCAAAUGAAGAAUCGUAUCCAGAACUUCAAGAGGCCAGCAUAAAAUCUUUGACUGCUGAUAACAAUGAGGCUGCCCAGGCAUUGGAAGAAGCGGUUGUCAAAGGAGAACAAUUGCUUGAGCAAGUUCGCAACGUCCUGAGAGUCAUCGCAGAAUCCGAGCAAGAAAUGCAGAAAAUUAAUAGUUUCCCCAGCAAACGAAGUGAACCUGUGGUCAAAGAAGAGCCUGAAGAUGCUGAGUAAAAAUAAUUCUUUGGAAUUUAUCAACUAUCUUGAUGUCCAUCUUGAUAUUCAAACAUGAGAAAUAGACCAAAGGUAAAAAAAAUAAUUAGUGCCUGAAGAAGGACAUAUGGAAGUUGCAUUGUUUC